UUGAAAAUUAUUGAUUAUCGGGGGCAUAAUGAAACAAAUUAAUGGAGGCAUGACGGGACAUACCAAUUCCACAAAGGUCAAAUGAAGAAGCAUAUAUUCCUAAACGAAAAUAAUCGUAAUAGUAUCACUUGAUGAUGUGUCAAUGGUGUUCUGUUAUCAAUUAAUAUCCCAAAACGUUCUAACAAAAAAAAAUGUAGAUAUUCUUAUCUAAGUAACCGUUAUCUAAAACUCCACUUGUUGAAACCGGCUCAAUUCUUCCACUCGUCAAAAUCAUAUUGAUUACUUUAAUUUUAUUCGUCGUCGGAUCUACAUCGGUCGCAUACUUAUCAACGGAACUCUCGAAAAUAAAACAUGAAGUACAAUGUAAAAAUUGGUAUAAUUGGAGGAUCAGGGCUUGACAAUCCAAGUUUCUUUAAAGAUUCAACUGAACAAAAAGUGAGCACUCCUUAUGGAGAUCCAUCAGAUUCGCUUAUCUGUGGCAAACUUAAUGGUGUUGACUGUGUUCUAUUGGCCAGACAUGGGCGAAAGCACUCAAUAAGCCCUACUAAUAUCAAUUACCGAGCCAAUAUUUGGGCUUUGAAACACGUAGGAUGUACACACAUUAUAGCAUCAUCAGCAACUGGUUCUUUAAAAGAAGAAAUCAAGCCUGGUGAUUUAGUUAUUUUGGACUCUUUUAUUGAUUUAACCAAAAAACGAGACUAUACUAUGUUCACUAAGAGUGAUAAAGUAUUACAUAUUCCUAUUGAGCCUCCAUUUUGUCCUGUCACUCGAUCAAUUAUUAUUGAAACUGCUCAAAGCCUUGGUAUACAAGUGCACCAAACAGGCACAGCAGUAGUUAUUGAAGGUCCUAGAUUUUCAACAAAAGCUGAAAGCAAUUUAUAUCGUAUGUGGAAUGCUGAUUUGGUCAAUAUGACACUUACUCCAGAAGUGGUACUUGCAAAAGAAGCAGGCUUGUUAUAUGCUACAGUAGCCAUGGCUACAGACUAUGAUUGCUGGAGAGAAGCUACAGAAAAAGUCAAUGUUACUCAUGUUGUCAAAGUUUUUCAAGAAAAUGUUGUAAAAUUAACAAAGUUAUUUAUUGAAGUUGUACCGAAAAUUGCAGAAAAGAAUUGGGAUGUGGAAAUUGAUGAAUUAAAUUGUCUUAUUCAAGAAAGUGUACAAAGUAACUGAACCAAGAACAUAAUGAAGAUUUGGCAACAAAAUAAUUUGCUCAAUUACUUGAACUACUAUCAAAUCAAAGAAUUUGUAUUUUAUUAAAUAAACUUUAAAUGUUUUUAAUUA